AAAGAUUCUGUGGUCUCUAAAGCUACAUCAAGAUAAAGGGUAUGGCCACCAGUGAUGGUUCCCACACAGCAAAUAACAGCUAAAGUAAAAUCAUUAGGCAAGACAGGCAUGUAGCAACAUCACAAACAUUAAGAAAGAGAGCACUCAAAAGUGACCUCAGCAGUUACAUGUGAAUGACAUGCAAAUGCUGUGGGUUCAAAGGAUAUUAAACAAAAACACUGCUCAGCUAUCUUAAAGCGCAAAGAGGGUUUGCACCUUAAUAGGUUUCAUUCCCUCCCUCGGCCAGAGCCGAAGAAAAUGUGAGGCGAGAAGAAUGGAGUGAAGAAAUUGAGUUAUUUAAGGAUGUCUCCUUUGACUGGAAAGCAAGAGGGCGGUGCUCUUUACUACCAUAUGCCAGAGACACAGACAGGCAGGUCGACAGUUAUGAAGACAGAUGAAUGAAGCAACGCCUUCAGCACAGAGGGAAAUGAGAUCAGAUGUUGACAGCGCGAUGGACAGAUCCCUGGUCUGGCAUUCAAAUGUUUCCUCACAUCUAUCACAUGAUCUGAACGCCUCCUCUUCCCAGAUAGACAUGUUCUCACUCUCCCAUCUGCAUUUUUUUAAGCUCCAUUAUACAUGUUGUAUACUUUGACUGAGUUUAGCAGAAUAUGUGCAUUACAGCAGGUUGCCUGAGAUAAACGUUUCAUAAGAAAUAAUCUUUCUGAAGACCUGAAGUCUCCUGUGUCAGCGGCCAUGCGAAAAAAUCUGCAAUGUGCAUUUCAUAAUUCAUAACACAGAGCCAGCAUUUAUAAAUGGGGUCUAAAGUGCUGAAGCCUGAGAAAGAUUCUAACACAUAUUAAACUGUCUUCUGAGUAGUCUGACUUGUCACAGUACUCCCCUCAUGUGCUUCACAUUUAUUCCCUUCUGUGACUAUGGUUACUAGAAUCUUCACCACAAACAAUCAUGAGAGCCUGUUUCUCCUAUGGUACCCUGCAUCGUUUUAAAAUACAAAUAUAUAUCGUAUAUAUAUAAUCCUAUACAAACAAAACGCAGUCUGUCAUGAGAGAGCAAUCCAAUGCGACAAUCAGGUUGAGGCCACUAUCAUACAGCUAACAGGCGAUGGGAGUCGGUAGAUGGCAGUCGUGUCCUAUUUGCAGGCGACACAUGGGAGGAAGCUUUCUCUUUAUCCGUCUCCCCUGUCCAUCUAAACACCCCCCCUCUCUCCCUCUCUCUCACACUCAUGCACGCACCGUGCGCGAACAAUAAUGUGCGUUUGUUUGCCAAUAUUAAGACAGAACAUUGAAAGAGAAUGACAAAGGUCAAGAAUCAACUAAUUAAUACCAGUCCUCCGAGUGAGAUUCGGCGCACGGACUGCCUGCAUGCAGAGUGGACAUUGUCGGGCUUAAGAAGUUCAAACAGAGCGAUAUGAAGACUGAAAGAGAAGGGAAACAAUAUGUGCAUGCCCUCACCGCUACAGUCCUGCAGCUGACAGCAGCGCCGAACAGUCUCACUUGAAUAGCUUAGUGGGAGGUAACCUACAUGAUGCCCCCCUCUGCAUUUAUCAAUUCAGUGUCCGCCCGUGCUUCACCGUGUGUUUUAUUUGGAUACGUAAAUGCCGAGCGCAUUGAGGUACUGUAAAGCGCACCGAUGGAUGCAGCCUGCGUGCGCGUGUUGUUACGGGGUAAUUUGUGAGCACAUUUGAAGCAGCUUUAAACACACUGCAGAUCAGAGAAAAGAAGACCGGGCUUGGACGAGCAGCACUCUGUGGAUGAUAACCUGUUAGUCAUUUCUUACCCUCGUGUGUGUCACAGCAAUGGAUGUGUGAGGCUUGAAUUGAUGAAAUGCAUAGACAGAUGGAACGAGCGCGCAGAAGUGAUUACUGCCUUUGGUGAACUAUAACUCCCGUCCAGACAGGCUCGGCGCGGAAACCGUGUAAGAGUUGAGCCCUCGGUGUACAACGAAGGCUCUUCACACUUGAAGCCGUUUCUGAUGGGGGUUGAAAGGCUUUUUGAGGAUAACUGCUGGAUUUUUUUUCCCGAUGUUGCACCCCAGAUUAACGCAUUCUUCCUCUCAGAAAUGGAGCACGGAGCAACCUAAAGAGAAGAGAGAAAUAUUGUGUAAUCUCGACAACUUUAUCAAGUCACCAAUGCAUAGGAUACCUAUUCACUCUCUAAACCGCGGGACUUCGCUCAUCAAUAUCACCAAGAGAGGAAAUAGAAAUAAGCAUCUCGAAUUCCGCACUGGGUUGUGAGGUGAAAUCUAAUCAGACUCAGCAGGGUUGAUGACUAAGAAGUAAUUGGGACUUGAAGAAAAGUUACGUUUGAAAACGACAGCGAGCGGGACGUUAAAAUAACCCCACCUCUCCCCAUCUAUGUGUGGAUGAUGGUCUGUCAUACAGUCAAAUGACGUGCUUUUAAGGAUGGAUCUAUCUGGAAAUUGACCACAUGAUGUUCUCCGUGCUCUACAUGUUGGGGAGAGGUUACUUUUUAAACAUUUAAUUUAAAUCUGAGAGGAUAUAAUAACAGUAUUAAUUCACAUCCACCUAACUCAUCCCCAACUCGUCAUUUGGAGAAAAUUAACCGGGGACCACAUCGGGAGAGUUGUUUCUUCAAUGGCACUUGUGGGUGCCUCCGUGUUAUGUGCGUCCUGAAAAAAAAGAGGAAAUAUCUGAUGAAAUUUCACUGUGAGAGUUAUUAGCAUGUCCAUCCAGACUGAUGUGUGGAUUACAUACCACGUCGUUUUGAGAGAGGGGACGCAAUGUGUCUGACAAGAAAAUAUCACCACGGAUCCGGCGAAAUCGUCUGAGAAUUGCGGAUGUUUUUUCGAUGCAGUUUUUGGGGAGGGAGCGGGAGAGGGACCGAUCUCCGUCUAAAUCAGAGACCCUGCAGACCUCGGCGUCUUUGUGAACAAGGACAGCUUUACGGUGGAUUGGAAGUUAACAAAAGGAUGACCAGAACGUCUUGGAACUGUGAUUAAAUUGGCAGCGAGCCCAAAUCCUCAUUCCAAAGAGUGCAAAACCAGUCAAUGAAUUAUGAAUGUUAAACAAGAUGACCUCCUCUCAGCAGCAGCAGAUGAUGCGAGGUCCUAGGUGGAACCGGGCCUUGUCCGACCCUUUUUUUGUGCUGCUUCUGGCCCUCCAGCUGCUGGUGGUGGCAGGGCUGGUACGUGCUCAGACAUGCCCCUCUGCCUGCUCCUGUAGUAACCAGUUCAGCAAAGUCAUCUGCACCCGGCGAGGCCUGCGGGAUGUCCCUGAUGGCAUCUCUACCAACACCCGCUACCUGAAUCUGCAAGAAAAUCUAAUUCAGGUCAUAAAGGUGGACAGCUUCAAGCACCUAAGACAUCUGGAGAUCCUGCAGCUGAGCAAAAACCACAUACGCAAAAUUGAGCUGGGGGCCUUCAAUGGACUGGCCAGCCUCAAUACCUUGGAGCUUUUCGAUAACCGCCUCACCACUAUUCCAAACGGGGCAUUUGAGUACCUGUCCAAACUAAAGGAGCUUUGGCUGAGAAAUAACCCCAUAGAGAGCAUUCCCUCUUAUGCUUUCAACAGAGUGCCCUCAUUACGCCGGUUGGACCUUGGGGAGCUCAAACGGCUCUCCUACAUAUCUGAGGGGGCCUUUGAAGGGCUGAGUAAUCUGCGCUACCUAAAUCUGGGAAUGUGCAAUCUGAAGGAAAUUCCCAAUCUUAUUCCCCUGCUGAAGCUGGAUGAACUGGAGAUGUCGGGGAACCAGCUAGCUGUUAUCCGACCUGGCUCUUUUAAGGGGCUCAUCCAUUUGCAGAAGCUAUGGAUGAUGCAUGCCCAGAUCCAGAUCAUUGAAAGGAACUCUUUUGAUGAUCUGCAGUCUCUAGUGGAGCUCAAUCUAGCCCAUAACAACCUUACCCUUUUGCCCCAUGAUCUCUUCACUCCUCUACAUCACCUGGAAAGGGUGCACUUGCACCACAACCCGUGGAAUUGUAACUGUGAUAUCCUCUGGCUUAGCUGGUGGCUAAAGGAGAUGGUACCAGCUAACACCAGCUGCUGUGCCCGCUGCAGCUCCCCAAUGCACCAUAAAGGACGAUAUAUUGGCGAGCUGGACCAGAACUACUUUCACUGUUAUGCUCCUGUUAUUGUGGAGCCUCCUGCAGACCUAAAUGUGACAGAAGGAAGUGCUGCAGAGUUGAAAUGCAGAGCCAGCUCCUUGACCUCGGUAAGCUGGAUUACACCCAAUGGUUCCGUCAUGACACACGGUGCUUACAAGAUCAGAAUCUCUGUGCUGAAUGAUGGCACUCUGAACUUCACCAAUGUUACCAUGCAGGACACAGGCACAUACACAUGUAUCGUAAGUAAUUCUGCAGGAAACACAACAGCAUCUGCCACGCUCAAUGUGUCCUCUACAGAGAACAGCAGCUUCAGCUACUUCACCACAGUGACGGUGGAGACCAUAGAAUCGCCACAUAAUGAAGCCUUCACCACUGCUGUGCAACAGAAGGUGGGCCCCACACCUUCUGCUGGUGCAUGGGAGUCUGUUUCACCCACCUCUACAACUACCACAACAGUCCGGACUCCGCUCUACACUCGCGCCACAGAGAAGACUUACACAAUCCCCGUCACAGAGCUGGGUGGAGAGGGCUCACUGAACGGCUUGGAUGAGGUCAUGAAGACAACUAAGAUCAUCAUUGGCUGCUUUGUUGCAAUCACACUCAUGGCAGCAGUCAUGCUGAUCAUCUUCUACAAGAUGCGCAAACAGCACCACCAGCAGAACCACCACGCACCUACACGCACCAUUGAGAUCAUCAAUGUCGACGAGGACUGUGUGACAGGAGGCCCGGGCAUGGAAGGCCACCUGACCCUGCCUCCUCUUGAGCAUGAGCACCUCAACCACUACAACGCCUAUAAGACUGCAUACAACCAUGCCUCCACUAUCAACUCCAUACACAGUUCAGCGCACGAACCUUUGUUAAUCCGGGCCAGCUCAAAAGACAAUGUACAAGAGACCCAAAUCUAAUUUUUUUUUUUUUUUUUAAAUGAGACAUCAAACUGAUGGAAUUACAUGAAGACAUUACUGACAGGACAAAACAGAUAAUUGGUUGUGAGAACUAUGGCUCAGACAUGGAGAAACAGACUUGUGUGUCUGGCAAUUCAGUGGCCGGUGAUGUUUAUUCAAUGACUUUGGGAAUUAGGGUAUGUCUACUGUUUCAAAAAGUGUCUUUACAAAACAGAAGUUAUUUAUUUAAGAAAAAACUUGUGGUUGAAUCAAGAAAAAACUGUAUUCUGCAAUUAUUUUUUCAACAUUUAAUUCAUGUUUUUUUGCUCCUUCCUCUCAUUUCACAGGAUUGGUUUACUUAUGCUUUCAAACUCAGUUUGAAGACAUCUGUUGAGGAAAAACUCCUGAAGCAAAUUAUUGUUUGUUCUGGGUAAACUGCAGUCUUUGGAUCAGAGCUAUUUCCCCCAUGUAUCAGAAAAAUCUAGAGCACAUUAGUGAUCUUCUUCAGCUAUGGGUAGAGUGAUGAAAUCUUCGUGACCAUAUGUAACUGAGAUUAAUUGGACACUUCAUUCAUGUUCAUUAUCUCACAGUGAGUGAAAGAACUGUCAAUGAUGGAAUUUGAUCAUAAUUCACUGUUUUUAUUAUAUAUGUCACAUACACAUUAGGCACUCUUUGCUUUGCAAUCGAAAGACUGAGGAGCUUAAAUGAGGGAAACAUGUCCUGUGUUCUGCUGUUGUAAAAGUAGAGGCUCAGUAUUAGAAGUGCAUUUUAGCUAAAUUAAAUUCUAUUGAUUAACUGUGACAAAAUCUUACAUUUGUUUUUGUGUUCCUAAUGUAUGUGCAAAAUGUUAUCCCUAAUCUCCACUUGUUUUGACUCAAGUUACCAGCUUCUCUGGGAUGUCUUCUAAUUAUUAUAGAGAACAUUCCAUUAAUUGCAUUAAGACCAAUUUAGAUUUUGAUGGUCAUGAUACAGGAGCAGCAUUAAUGGGUACUUUAGAAUCUGCAUAAUUGUGAAUGAAAAUGUAGGAGAGUCUUGUGAAGAAUGUAGAUGAUCUUAAAUUAUGGCAAAAGUCCACUGACUCCAAAUGUUUCCAAUGUAUCAUGACCUCACUUUUACCUUAUAGGGCUUUGUAGUGUGGCAUAUGAAGGUGAUUGCUUUGAAGCCACCUUUUUCAUGCUGGGACCCCUUACCUCAUCUGCAAUACUGUAGGACUGAGUGUUGUCAGAAGCAGACUGAUGAGCGGAAGAAAGAGCUUAAACCCUUUAUACAGCUGUCUGAGCACAUUGCCUGUCAUCUGUGUGCCACACUUCCACAUGGGCAGUGCCUGGCAACUCCCGAUUCACACCCUGCCCCUGCCAACCACAGGACUUGGCCCUGAGCGCUGGGGAUUAUGCUGCGAGAGGCUUUAGGGGUGAAUGUGUGGGAUCGGGCAUCAACCAGAUGUUUGGGUUGCACCUGCUUCUCUCCUUCUCCCUUUGAAACAACACAAUUUCCAUUUUAAUUGAUGUGCUCAUGAGCUUUGGAUGAACACAGCUCUGCAGGCAGCCAUACCCUGGAAACAAAGUCCCCGCUGUAAAAACCAGCAGGCAUCAUAAAUGCGGUGGUUAGGCAGACAUUUGUCAGAUCCAACACUUAGAUAGAUGCCCCCAAGUUAAUUUGUAUCAAAGUUAGGCCACUGUCUUGCUUUAUUCAGUUUUGUGGUUCCAUUAUAUCAAGGUGUUACAGUAAGGAAAUAUAUAAAGGAGAAUGGCUCAUUAAAAACUACUGUUACAGAUAGUGCCAUGCACGGUCUUUGGAGUCACAAUGCACUCCCCUAACCUUGAAGCCCACAAUUCACAAUAGUUUCUAACACUCCUCCUCUAUAGACUUGAAAGGUGUAUCUAUGAAAAGUAUAUGACUUGCCAUUUUUUCAGAUACUGUGAUCAGCUUGGAUUAAUGGUUGGAUUUCACCCCUCUUCACCCCUGUGUGCUCCUGUUUUUAUAAACAGUCACAUUUCAGCAUUUGGUUAAAACAUAACACUUUCAAGCUUACGAGCUGUGCGUAUAGGUAUAUGCAUGUUACAUCACCCACAUCCUGCCCUUACACUGAUCAAAUUCACUCUAAACUACAUCAGGUAGCCUCUGAACUUCCUUAAACAAAGCAGAGUAGCUCAAUAUAAGUUUGCCAGGAGUUCACUACCCACAUUCCAGAAUAUAGACGAACAAAAUGACGUAAAAAUAAACCUUUUACAGCAACCUUUAAAAAGCCAAUAGUUGGGGUGUGUGCUUUAUUCUCAAAAAAGACAGAUUUGUGACCUAAAAGACAAAUAGGCAGCUUCCCAUAACCUAUUGUGUCAGCAUUUGUCCAAAAGGGAAAAUGAAUGUGAUACAGUAGGAGUCCAAGUAACUCAUGACUAGGUUAUGAAUAGAGAAUCAAAUUUUACAACAAGAUAAUAAUCUAAAGCCCCGUUCCCCUGAGGCUAAUAUUACCUGGGCUCCCUUUUUUGAAAUGUAAUAAAAUAAUUAAUCUAUAUCGGAUAAUUUGAUAAUCAAGAUAAUUCUGGAGUUGUUAAGUAAAUUGAUUUAUCCACUUUGAAUUCACUGUCCCCAGAUCAUUUUAGUCCAAACAGAAUGAGAUAAUUGAUUGAUAUCAUGCUUUUUUUUGUCACCCCCUUACACAAUUUAUCCCAUAAUUGCACUUCUGUGGAGUUUGGCACAUUUGUAAACCAUAGAAUGACAUGGGUGUGUGCCAUCUGUCUGUGUUUAAGUUCCUAGUGGUGGGAUGACCACAGUUCUACUCAGUUUACGUAAGAGAGUGUAACAAUUCUCCCUUUUUGCCUUUUGUUGGAGGUAAAUCGUCUGAAAAUUGAAAUGGUAAAUUUGUUGCAUUUUAGUCAAGCUGUCUCAUGUAUGUAAGAUAUCUAAAUAUUUUUGGUCAAUAUUCUUUUUUUUCCACAUUCUUUUUUUCUGAGAGGGAAUGCUGUUCUAGUGGUAGAUUUAUAUAAAAAUAAAUUUUCAGAAUAAAACAAAAAAACAAAUACAUUUUGAUUUUACAUGUGCCAACAACCUGUUCUAAAAUUGAAAAAGAGAAACAUGCUGUAAAAGAAUAAGAGAUUGAUUUUCAUAUAAGCAUUCUUUCAAGACCUUUAAAAGAUAUGGAGAUUGAUUAUAGAGACCAGAGUUUGUAGUUACACAAAAUAUGGUGAAAUAAACUUGUUGUUUUUC